AUGGAGGCUCUUCUCCGUCAAUCGCGCGGCAUGUGCCCAUUCUUGCACAAGACCUCGCCCGCCACGCUUCGUUCGCUCAGCACCAGCACCAAUGCUGUCCAGGCCAACAUGUCCAACCUGCAGGUCACUGCCGGCCAAUGCCCCGUCAUGGGCAAGGCAAUGGCUGUUCAGAGCACUCGCCUCAACACCCUGCUCUCCGGCGCCUUUGGUGGCUCCAGAGCCUACAGCACUCGCACUACCCGUGCCCCUCGUGCCUACCUGCACACUACCCGUGCUGAGAAGGCCCAGGCUGCACAGAAGCAGUCUUCCAAGGAGAUGCACGGCGCUCCUCCAGCCCCUCCGAGCACCAAUCGCUUUGACUACGACGCUUUCUACCAGACCGAGUUGGACAAGAAGCACAAGGACAAGUCGUACCGCUACUUCAACAACAUCAACCGCCUGGCCAAGGAAUUCCCUCGCGCCCACAAGGACACUCCCGAGGACAAGGUCACUGUUUGGUGCUCCAACGACUACCUCGGCAUGGGAAGAAACCCUCAGGUCUUGAAGAAGAUGCACGAGACGCUUGACAUGUAUGGUGCUGGUGCCGGUGGUACUCGCAACAUUUCUGGUCACAACCAGCACGCCAUGGGUCUUGAGGCAACCAUCGCCAAGCUUCACGCAAAGGAGGCUGCUCUCGUUUUCUCUUCUUGCUACGUUGCAAACGAUGCUACUUUGGCCACUCUGGGCUCAAAGUUCCCUGACUGUGUUAUUUUGUCUGACAGCAGCAACCACGCUUCUAUGAUUCAGGGUAUCCGUCACUCGGGCGCCAAGAAGAUGGUUUUCAAGCACAACGACAUGGUUGAUCUCGAGCAGAAGCUGGCCUCGCUCCCUGCUGAGACCCCCAAGAUCAUUGCUUUUGAGAGUGUUUACAGCAUGUGUGGUUCCAUUGGACCUAUCGAGCAGAUUUGCGACCUUGCCGACAAGUACGGUGCUAUUACUUUCCUCGAUGAAGUCCAUGCUGUCGGCAUGUACGGCCCGAACGGUGCUGGUGUUGCUGAGCACCUCGACUACGACGCUUACGUGAACGGUGGCCAGCCUAAGGGCACCAUUCAGGACCGUGUUGACAUCAUCACUGGUACCCUUGGAAAGGCUUACGGUUGUGUUGGUGGCUACAUUGCUGGUUCCAGCAAGCUCGUUGACACUAUCCGCUCUCUGGCUCCUGGUUUCAUCUUCACCACCUCGCUUCCCCCAGCCACUAUGUCCGGUGCCCAGGCUGCCAUCGAGUACCAGAUGGCAUACAAGGGUGACCGCCGCCUUCAGCAGCUGCACACUCGUGCUGCAAAGGAUGCUCUUGCUGCCAAGGAUAUCCCAGUCAUUCCUAACCCCAGUCACAUCAUUCCUGUUUUGGUUGGUGAUGCCGAGGUUGCUAAGAAGGCAUCUGACCUGCUCCUUGAGGACCACGGCAUCUACGUCCAGGCCAUCAACUACCCCACCGUCCCCGUCGGCCAGGAGCGUCUUCGUAUCACUCCUACCCCCGGUCACGUUCGCGAGUACCGCGACCACCUGGUUGAGAGUCUCGACAAGGUCUGGAACCAGCUCGGUAUCAAGCGUACCUCCGACUGGGCUGCCCAGGGAGGUUUCCUCGGUGUCGGUCAGGAGACUACCGGCAACGAGCCCCUCUGGACUGACGAGCAGCUUGGUCUUUCCGAGGUUAAUGCCGAGUUGAACCAGGUCGGAAAGGAUGCCGUCAAUGUCCUUGAGAGCGUUCUUGAGGCUGAGAGAAAGGAGGUUGCUCAGGCUGUUGCCUCCGCUUAA